UAAAGGGCCAGUGCUGAGCCGCGCCCGCGGGCCGGCCUCGGCUCGCCGCCGGUACUCACGAUGGCGGGCGCCUUGCCGCGGGUCCGGUACCUGGCGGGCUUCUGCUGCCCGCUCGGGGGCCUGGCGUCGGGCAAGCCCCGCGUGUUGUGCCACGAGGCGGAGGCCUUCGUGUCCACCGGGAGCGAGCUUGUCUACGUGUGUGACCUGGAGGGCGGGCUGCUGACCGCGGCGUACCGGUUCCCCGGCCAGGUGUGGCACCUGGAACUCCUGGCCCCUCGCCGGACGCUCUACGUCCUGUGCGCCCAGAAGGGCGUUUACUGCUUGUCGUUGGACCACCUGAGCAGGUCUACGAGCCAGGACGAUGGGGACAGUGAGGACAGCGAACUCCCUUCCUUUGUGAUCCCUGUGGGCCCUGAUGCCUGCAUCCUCCCCGACGCCUCACUGUGUGCAUUCACUGUGCUUGAAGACACCCUUGUCACCCUGGUGCAGGGCCCUACCCAGUGGAAGAUGCAGCUGUUUGAGCGUCCCUGUCCAGGGGAGGACCCCCAGCCGGGAGGCCAGAUUGGCGAGGUAGAGUUGUCCACCUACGCGCCCCCUGCUGGGGUCCCAGGGAAACCUGCAGACCCCCGCUUCCUCCCAGUGCUGUGCUGUGUGUCACCACCAGCCUCUAGGGUCCCACACGGCCAACUCUGGGGCCCUGGGAGCUUCACACUGAAGGAGGCCCUCUUUGGGCUCCUCUUUGGAGCGGAUGCCACCCUCCUGGAGUCACCCGUGAUCCUCUGUGGUCUCCCUGAUGGCCAGCUCUGCUCUGUGGCCCUGAAGGCCCUGGUCACCUCCAGGUCAGCCCCCGGUGACCCGAAGGCCCUUGUUAAGAUCCUCCAUCACCUGGAAGAGCCUGUCAUCUUCAUAGGGGCCUUGAGGACGGAGCCGCAAGCUGAGGAGGCUGCGGAGGAGACGCUGCCUGGUGAAGACGUGCACUCGGACUGCCUGGUGGCCCUUGGUCACUGUGGCCGGACGCUUGCCAUCAAGGCCAGCUGGGACGAGGCUGGGCAUCUGGUGCCAGAGCUGCGGGAGUACUGCCUGCCAGGCCCUGUGCUCUGUGCUGCCUGCGGUGGGGGUGGCCGUGUGUACCACGGCACCCCCUCAGACCUCUGCAUGGUGGACCUUGCUCGGGGCGGCACCCCCUUGGACCCCACGCAGCCGGACGAGGGCCCAGGCGGCCUGCCCCCUCUGCUGUGCCCAGCCAGCCUGAGCAUCUGCAGCGUCGUCACUCUCGCUGUGUUGUCGAGGGCUCCUGAAGGUGGCACCGAGCUCCUGGCCCUGUCUGCCAAAGGCCGCCUGAUGACCUGCAGCCUGGACCUGAACUCGGAGGCGCCUGGCCUUUCCCCGGUGAGCAGGGCCAACACAGGCCAGAAAAUCAAGGAAUUGCUCUCUGGAAUCGGCAACGUCUCUGAAAGAGUGUCUUUUCUGAAGAAAGCGGUUGACCAGCGGAACAAGGCCCUGACGAGCCUCAACGAGGCCAUGAACGUGAGCUGCGCGCUGCUGUCCAGCCGGGAGGGCCCCAAGCCCAUCUCCUGCACGACCACUGCGGGCUGGAGCCGCCUGCAGCUGCAGGACGUGCUGAUGGCCACCUGCCUGCUGGAGAACCGCAGCGCCUUCUGCCUGGGCCAGGGCUGGACCUUGUGCGUCCAGGUGCUCACCAGCAGCUCCGCCCUGGACCUGGAUUCGGCCGGCUCGGCCACCACCUACACCAUCCCCGUGGGCCAGCUCAGCCCCGGCAGUCAGCGGGAGGUGACGCUGCCCCUGGGCCCUGGGGAGAACGGCACGUUCGACCUGCCUGUGACCGUGUCCUGCACGCUCUUCUACAGCCUCAGGGAGGUGGUGGGCAGGGCCCUCGCCCCCUCAGACUCUUUCGAGGACCCCUGUCUGGACGAGGAUCCCCCCGACGUCCUGCCCGAGCAGGAGGGGAUCUGCCUGCCCCUCAGCAGGCGCACGGUCGACCUGCUGCAGAGCCUGCGCUUCCCUGGCCUGGCCCCGCCCUGCACACAGGCCCCGCCUCUGCGCGGCCCCGCAGACCCCGUGGACGCCUUCCUGGAAGCCUGUCGGGAGCCGGGCAGCCAACCGGCGGGACCUGCCUCCCUGCGGGCUGCGUACCUGCCCCCGUCGGUGGCCUGCAUCAAGGUGUCCGCCGAGCUGCUCAGGGCUGCGCUAGACGACAGCCGCUCAGGGGUGCCCCUGUGCUGUGCCACCCUGCAGUGGCUCCUCGCUGAGAACGCCGCUGUGGACGUCGUGAGGGCCCGGGCCUUGUCCUCUGUCCAGGGAGUGGCCCCGGAUGGUGCCGACGUCCAUCUCAUCAUCCGUGAGGUGGCCGUGACCGACCUAUGCCCGGCGGGGGCCAUCCAGGUCGUGGAGAUACAGGUGGAGAGCUCCUCCCUGGCCGACGUGUGUCGGGCACACCACGCUAUCAUCGGGCGGAUGCAGACCAUGGUCAGGCAGCAGGCUGCCCGGGGCUGCAGCCCCCCCGACCUCCGCGUGCAGUAUCUCCGCCAGAUCCACGCCAACCACGAGACGCUGCUGCGGGAGGUGCAGACGCUGCGUGACCGGCUGUGCGUGGAGGACGAAGCCAGCUCCUGCACCACCGCCCAGCGGCUGCUGCAGGUGUACAAGCAGCUGCGCAGCCCCAGCCUCGUCCUGCUGUGACCAGGUGGGCCCACGCCUGCCCCCGGCCCCGUCCACACGCCCCGGCCCCUCCGACAGCCUGCACUGCCUCUGGUUUUACAGAGAAAAUCAGGAACACAAAAGGCCACUUCCCCGCUCUGGAUGCGGGAAGGGCAGCUGGACACACGCGGAGUGCGUGGGGGAAGCCGUGUGCCAAGUGGAUCCUGUCGAGCCGCUGAGGCGGGUGCUGGCCCCCCCGGUCAUCCCGCCCCGCUCCCUGCCUUCUCCGCGUCACCCCCCUCCUCCCGACAGCGGCGCGUGGCCUGGGCACUGCCAGGGGGUCUUCCCACCCAGAGCGAUGUGUCCUGGGGCCCUUCUGGACUCUGGGCCCGGGAGGCCAGCGAGAAACAGUUUGUGGGGUUGGGGCUCAGGGUGGGUUUGUGACUGUGUUGUCACUGUUGCUGCUAUGACCAGGACAGGGGCACUGGCUGCCCACGGGCCGGCACUACCAGGCCAGCCCACAGACCCUCGUCCACCGUCUGCGCCUGCCCAGCCGCCCACGCUGGCGUCACCAAGUGCGAGGGGCUCCCUGCGACCAAAGCACAAACUCCACGUAGGGGCUCCUGCGUGCGCCAGAGCCGCGCCCAGGGCCGUCUGUGGGCCGUGGCCACAAAGCUCAACAGCCAGGUGCCUCUGGCUGGGGCUGCCCCGCGGUGGGUCUGACCGCGCCCCGUGGCCCCAGCCUCCCCACGGUGCUGCCCUUCUACUAUCUGGGGAGGACGACUGUCUCCCUGUCCUCCCGCUGGUGCUCUGGGCCACCCCUGCUCUGCGUGACCCCCAACACACACGCGGGAGCCGUGACACAUGUGCUGCUCUGCUGUGACAAACAACCUGUCUGUUGAACUUG